CUGGUUUUGCUAGCGGGGACUGUUAGCGGACCCUAGCCCGCAGUUUGGGAACCUCUGCCUCGAACUGGCCGACCUCCGCUCUCCGGCUCUCUGCCUCCGACUCCGCCUCUCUCAGCACCAACACACGAGCGACCUACUCCCCAGCCUGCCUGCCGCCACCCCGAAGCCCCUUCCAGCUCCAGCCUGUGUACCUCCCCACUCCCCAAACCUGACUCCUUCUGUCCCGACGCGAACCCACCUCUCUCACGCCUAAUGCACUGCUAGUUUUGCCGGAAGAGAAAAAAAAAGUCCAACUUGAAAAGUACAAUAGGCAGGAGUAACUGGAUCGGAGAAGUUUUUCUUCUUUGCUCCCAGUUUUUGGCCCCGCGGCGGGGCAGGACGGCAAGGACAGGCCGGGGGGGAAAAGGAGACCGUAUGAUGUGGAUCUGGUACCUUCUGCUUGGUUCGGGGUCAGGCUCAAGAACUGUUGAGAGCCAGCUGCUCCCAGGGAAUAACUUCACCACAGAGUGCAACAUCCCUGGAAACUUCAUGUGUGGAGAUGGGAAGUGUGUCCCAGGCGGAUGGCAGUGUGACGGAUUGCCUGACUGCUUUGACAAGAGUGACGAAAAAGGCUGUCCUAAGGUUAAGUCGAAGUGCGCCCCUACAUUCUUCGCCUGUGCUAAUGGUGUCCACUGCAUCAUCGGACGCUUCCGCUGUAACGGCUUUAGUGACUGUCCUGACGGGAGUGACGAGGAGAACUGCACAGGCAACCCAUUGGUGUGCUCGGAGGCUCGCUUCAAGUGUCGAAAUGGCCACUGUGUAGACCGCAGCUUCUUGUGUAACGGCCAGGACAACUGUCAGGACAACAGUGACGAGGAGCUCUGCCUAACUACAGCAGAAGCUCCGGGGCAGGACUUUGUGACACUGGAUUACCGUCUGCGUUACUACCCCAGCAUCACCUACGCUGUCAUCGGCAGCGCUGUUAUCUUUGUCCUGGUGGUGGCGUUGCUGGCUUUGGUGCUCCAUCACCAAAGGAAGCGGAGCGUCCUGCUGCCCAGAGGCGUAAGAGGGAGCUCGCAUCACCACCACCAGCCCCUGCUGCUGUCCCGUCUGGUCAUCUUGGACCGGGGCCACGUCCAUCCCAGAGGUCCAGGUCUCUCCCCUGGCUCCCCGACGGGCCAGUACAGCUCAACUCCCCAGGCACUUCAGCUGCUGUCUGGGACCCUGUAUCCCUCCGGACUCUCCAUGGACUCACCUCCGUCAUACUCGCAAGCUGUUCUGGAUGUCAGUCGGCCUCCCUGGUUUGAUCUCCCUCCUCCCCCAUACCUCUCAGAUGGGGAGCUUCCAUCAGAGGGCGAGCUGCCUCAAUACGAGGGACCACAAGACCCUUUGAGCCCCCCCUGCAGCGAAUCCUCUGCACCCUCCACACCCAGAACUGUGGCCUCGGGCACACAGCCGAGUUCGAGCUCCAGAGAGGAGUCGGACCAGCUGUAGCCACUCCCUUGUGGACUGAUAAUAGUUAGAACUUAGAGAAUGCAGGACUGAAGGAGCAGGCUGGAGGGCCAUGUGAGGCCAGGACAGUUCACAGCAAAGACCUGCUGAGGAGAAUCAACAGGGACUAAGAGACAGUAGAAUAAACUGCGUCCUAAUCUCGCUGCCUACAUGUCAGCUCACUGAAGCACUGAACUGAGAGAAGCUUAUCCUGCUAGACUGAUCUUGUAUGCUGGCUCCCUCUGCUGGGGUCAUGGCUGCACUACACCUUAAUCAGUUACACGUUCAUUCUUUUUUCAUCAGUUUAGUUCACUUGAAUUGUACUCUCCUUGAACAAAUACUGUGCAUGACACCUAACAUUGACCACAACCUGCAUCUCCAAAGAAGUAGGAGUUAAACUGCCAGACAUUAACAUAUUCUUCAUUAACAUAUCAUAUAAUGAUGACAAAAUGGCGAAAUGUGGCAGCACCUGAAAUGGUCAUUGUGCUAUAGUAUAAUCAUGAUAGAGUGGUGUCAUUCGCAUUUGUGUAACACACGUUGGCAGCACUCAGACAGAGUCAGAGUUAUGCACCAUUUGUAAUACACAUACUGCACUUCACAUUACACAUCUGCAGUAUUUUCCAUAGUGCGGUUUAUAAGAGAUUUUUAUUGAGUUGAAAUUGUAAAAUACCUGAAUGCUAGAUGAAAUCUGUACUGUUGAGAAUAACUGCUACAUUUGAUGACUUACUGUAUUUAGGUCAUUUUAGCAAUGACAUGUUGCCUUAUUCUUACUGAAGUUGAUAUACUUUUAGACAAUACAGUAGUGUUGUGUACAUGUUUAAUGGUUUAACAGAAACACAUGCAGUUGUGAUAUACAAGAGCAGCUCAAUCAGAAGUACUCAAAUACUAGUAGUACUUUUUCAGUGUUGAUAUGAACAGUGAUCUGAUUCUAUGGCUACAGUGAACUGAUUAUAGUACAAAUUAACAUUUUGUAACGGCUUUAGUGGUACUCAGCCCAUAUUAGCAACAUGUUUCCACUGAGUUGUUGAGAAAAAUUUAAGAGACAUUUGUAAAAGAGCAGUGGAGGUCUUGUAGUUUUUUCACAAUAUUUUUCGCAGUGUUUCUUGAUGUAAUUUGGUUAAAUUCAAGCUAAAAAUGUGAAGAGGACCAUUGAGAUUUUUUCAAAUAAUCCUGAGCAGAAAUUAUAUAAGAAUAUAUCCUUACCAAGUAAAUCAUUCCUCUAAGAAAAACAACCACCUCUGCUGGCAAAGAUAACUUUUUAUUACAUUUCUGUUUGAAGACCAAUAAUGUUUUAUGAAAUACAAAUGAUUUUGUUGAGGUCUUAUUCUGUGCCAGUUUGGCCCUAAGUGCCUUUGUAUGUGAUAUGUUUGAGGGCAUAAAUAGCCUAUUUAAAACCUCUAAAAACAGCCUGAGAUUUUACAGUAAGCUCACAUGACAAGAAUAUUGUGUCUUAGGUCAGAUUGUUCAAAUUUUGCUUGAGAUUCUUUUAAUGUAGAUAACUGAUUGUGUUUCAUUCUGGAAAAUCAUCCUCAGUAGUAUUAAACAACGACAAUGACAAUAUCUGACAGAUCUGUGUUUAUAAAUGUACUAUUGUCUUUUGACCUUUGUUCGUUCAUUUCAAAGUAGUUUGUUCAACACUGUACAUAGGAGAUAGGGAAAGUAAAGAAAUCUAUUUAAAAGUAGAGUUUAAAGUGAGAGAUGAAUGUGUAAAUGUACUUGUACUUUGCAUCUUACUUUUCCUCCAGAGCCAGCAGUGAUAAUGCAGGCAUAAGAAAAACAAUCAAACCAAAGAUAAUCAUUAUUGACCUUACCCUCCUAAGGAAUGAUUAUGUUUCACAACUGUUUGUACCUUUAUUAUUUAAAAUGUGCAAAGGUUUCUUGAGUAAAACAAAAUUCAUGUUAUUUGCUGAAAAACUGGAAAACAUUUCUCAGGACAAAAUUUAUACCAGUCUGUCUGUUAUGUUGUUUAUAUCUUGGUUUUGUUUCAAGGAAUGUUUAAGAUCAAAUUCCUUUUUUUCCCUGAUGUCUGAUCUCAUGAAAUUAGUAAAUUUACGUAUUUGUGACGUUGCCCAUCAUGAUCUUUUUAUUCCUUGUAUUGUGUACAUUGAAAGUAAUAUAAAAUUCUGACUCAUAA